AUGAUAGACGAAGAGCCGAUAAGAGUUAAUAAAUGGGAUGGUCCGACAGUUAAAAAUACACUUGAUGACGCCAUAAGAAAGAUUCUGAAUGAUAAAUACGAUACUUGGACUGAAAAACAUUGGUUGACAGAUGGACGUCUUUUAAUUUCGUCAAUAGCGGUUGGCUUCGCAGGAUUUGCCCUCGUUUAUGAUUAUAUUGCCCCGUUUCCAAAAUCGAAGAUGGUGUUGGCAACGUGUUCUGUAACUUAUUUUAUUUUGAUGGGUAUUUUACAAUGUUAUCAGUGGUACUUGGAAAAGGGAACGUUUUAUCAGGCAGUCGACGAGGAUCCUAGCGGUAAACAGGAAAAACGUUAUUGGAAGUGGUCUUCAUCUUUGAAGAAGUUUGAUGACAAGUACACCUUAGAAGUAGAGUAUACGCAGGGAUCGCGUGGCGGUCAGACAAAAGUAAUAUAUCAUUAA